AUGGAGCUGCCGAGCGCCUGCAGCCACCCGUGCUGGUUCCUGCUUGCGCUGCUGCUGGGGCUGCUCCUCUGGGCCCGGAGGAGAAGUGCCUGGGACCCCCGCAAGUGUCCCACCGACCUGACCGGCAAGACGGUGAUUGUCACCGGAGCCAACAGCGGGAUCGGCAAGUGCGUGGCCCUGGACCUGGCCCGCAGGAACGCCCGCACCAUCCUGGCGUGCCGGAGCCGGGAGCGGGGCCAGGCGGCUGUGGAGGAAAUCCGGGCGGCCACCGGCAACCCCGCGGUGCUGCUGCGGCUGCUGGACACCAGCUCGCUGGCUUCCGUGCGCGCCUUCGCCCAGGCUGUGCUGCGGGAGGAGAAGCGGCUGGACGUGCUGGUGAACAACGCCGGCGUCACCGGGCUGCCCUUCGCCAUCACGCCGGAGGGGCUGGAGCAGACGUUUGCCACCAACCACCUGGGCCCGUUCCUGCUCACCAACCUGCUGCUGGACCUCCUGAAGGCGUCGGCGCCUGCCCGUGUCGUCAACGUCUCGUCCUUCCGGCACAGCGUGGGCACCGUCGACGUCCGCUGCCUCAGCGGGCAGGAGCGGCUCAGCAGCUCAGCCGCCACCUACGACAGCACCAAGCUGAUGAACGUCCUCUUCACCGCCGAGCUGGCGCGGCGCCUGCAGGGCACAGGGGUGACCGCCAACGCCCUGAGCCCUGGUGUGGUGAGCACCAGCAUCAUGCGCCACUCCAGCUGGGCCUUGCGGGCGCUCUUCAACCUCGUCCGCCCCUUCAUGAAGUCGGCGGAGCAGGGCGCCGCCAGCACCAUUUACUGCGCUGUCUCAGAGGAGGCCUCGGGCAUCACAGGCAAGUACUUUGACAGCAGCUGCGGGCUGUCGCUGCCCUCCGCGGCUGCCCGCGACGCCGGCCUCGCUCAGAAGCUCGGGAGGAGGUCGGAGCGGCUGGGGGGGGCCACACGACGGCCCCCGGACCGGGCUCUCGGCCAGCGAGAGCUCCUGCAGCUCGAGCAGGGGCGGCCCUGGUGCCGCCAGCACCGUCUCGAACACCGAGUCCAGCGGGAAGGGGAUGCCGAGCAGGCAGAGGGUCUGCAGGCGGGGGGCACGGCACAGCAGCGAGGCCAGCGUGGCACGCAGCGCCAGCCCAUACUGGGCUGCGAAGACGCCGGUGGUGCUGGCCAGGGCCAGGGAGAAGCUCUGGAGCUGGGGGAAGCCGUGGGGCAGCAGGUCGGUGUCCCAGCGGGGCGGCUCGGCCGGGGUCUCCCCAUCGGGGUUGGCGUCCGGCGGGGCGUGCAGCUCGGCGCUGAAGGCCUGCAGGCCGGGGCAGCUGGCGAGCAGGGCGGCCAGGGAGAGCUCGUCCUGGCAGCAGAAGCCGUGCAGGGCCAGGGUCUGCAGGCGGGGGCCCAGGCUCCGCGCCAGCGGCAGCACCUCCGCCAGCACCCGGCCCUGCCACCCGGUGCAGCCCAGGGUCAGCCGGGCCAGGCGGCCCCAGCCCAGCAGCUCCCAGCUGCCCACUGGGCCCGGGCCGUCCCCCAGCCACACGCUGGCCUCCUCGGCCUGGGGACAGACAGCGUGGACGAUGGCCAGGUCGGGCUCCUCCACCUCCUCCACCCGCCGCAGGGGCAGGGGGAGCCGGGAGCCCCCCAGGGCAGCCCCCCGCCGCCGCGCCAGCUCCUCCAGCGAGGGGAAGCCCUCGGCGUCCCCCGAACUCCGGCCAGCAGCAGGAAGGCCAGCGCCCCUGCCAUGCUGCCAUCCCCCACGGGCUCCAAGCCGCGGGCCAGCAGGACGCGGAGCAUGGGGCAGCAGAGGGACCGCGCCAGCGGGUCGUAG